CGUUUCGAGCGUGGGGCGACGAGAGGCCGAAACGGGUAUGGGCCGCCGCUGGGGCUUCCUGAUUGGCUUCCUGGGCGUCUUGUGCCUGCUCAGCUCGGGCCACGGCGGGCAGCAGCCCCCGGAGACGGCGGCGCAGAGGUGCUUCUGCCAGGUUAGUGGUUAUUUGGAUGAUUGUACCUGUGAUGUGGAAACCAUCGAUAGAUUUAAUAACUACAAGCUUUUCCCAAGACUGCAAAAACUUCUGGAAAGUGACUACUUUAGAUAUUAUAAGGUAAACCUGAAGAGGCCAUGUCCUUUCUGGAAUGAUAUCAACCAGUGUGGAAGAAGGGAUUGUGCUGUCAAACCUUGUCAAUCUGAUGAGGUUCCUGAUGGGAUUAAAUCUGCGAGCUACAAGUAUUCUGAAGAAGCCAAUAAUCUUAUUGAAGAAUGUGAACAAGCUGAGCGACUUGGAGCUGUGGAUGAAUCUCUGAGUGAAGAAACACAGAAGGCUGUUCUUCAGUGGACCAAGCAUGAUGAUUCCUCAGACAACUUUUGUGAAGCUGAUGACAUACAAUCCCCUGAUGCUGAAUAUGUGGAUUUGCUCCUUAAUCCUGAGCGCUACACGGGUUACAAGGGACCAGAUGCUUGGAAGAUAUGGAAUGUCAUCUAUGAAGAAAACUGUUUCAAGCCACAGACAAUUAAAAGGCCAUUAAAUCCUUUAGCCUCUGGUCAAGGGAAAAGCGAAGAGAAUACUUUUUACAGUUGGCUAGAAGGUCUCUGUGUAGAAAAAAGGGCAUUCUACAGACUCAUAUCUGGUCUACAUGCAAGCAUUAAUGUGCAUCUGAGUGCAAGAUAUCUUUUACAAGAUACAUGGUUGGAAAAGAAAUGGGGACACAACAUUACAGAAUUUCAACAGCGGUUUGAUGCAAUUUUGACUGAAGGAGAAGGACCAAGAAGACUUAAGAACUUGUAUUUUCUCUAUUUAAUAGAAUUAAGGGCUUUAUCUAAAGUUCUGCCAUUCUUUGAGCGCCCAGAUUUUCAACUCUUCACUGGAAAUAAAGUUCAGGAUGCAGAAAACAAAAUGUUGCUUCUGGAUAUACUUCAUGAAGUCAAAUCAUUUCCUUUGCAUUUUGAUGAGAAUUCAUUUUUUGCUGGGGAUAAAAAAGAAGCAAACAAACUAAAGGAGGACUUUCGACUGCAUUUUAGAAAUAUUUCAAGAAUCAUGGAUUGUGUUGGUUGUUUUAAAUGCCGGCUAUGGGGAAAGCUUCAGACUCAGGGUUUGGGCACUGCUCUGAAGAUCUUGUUUUCUGAGAAAUUGAUAGCAAAUAUGCCAGAAAGUGGACCCAGUUAUGAAUUCCAUCUAACCAGACAAGAAAUAGUAUCAUUGUUUAAUGCAUUUGGAAGAAUUUCUACAAGUGUGGGAGAAUUAGAAAACUUCAGGAACUUGUUACAAAAUAUUCAUUAAAGAAAACGAGGGCAGGAAAAGAGAGACAUAAAACCACUGGUUAAGUCAAUCCUCUUAGAGACUCAAAGGACUAUGAAGUAACCACCAUAUAUAAAAGUUUACGGACUUUUGUAAUACUCUGAAGUAUAGUAGAUGGGUUCAAAUUGUAAUUUUGUCUGUACACUUCCCUAACUCUCAUUUUAUGCCUUUUUUUAAACAGCCAAAUUCUGUGACAGAAUAUCCCUACCUUCAUUUUGCCACUUCCCACUUGUUCCUUAACUAAAAUCUGUCUUCUGGUCUCAUAGUUCUUAAGAAUCCCUUCCUGUAAAGUCUAAAGUCCUUAUUCUAAAUCCACAGAUAGGUUCACAAGCCAUUUCUUUUUUUUAAUUUUUUUCUCAUACAAAAAUUUAUGCAUACAUUUUUAUGUGACUCUAAUUGCUCUCCCCAUACUGUGACAGCACACUUCUGUCCACCCGAUUUCCCAUGUCCAUUCA